AAGUCAGCUGAAAGUUCAGCCCAUCGUCAACAAGCAUCAAACAUUCUUCGAUUCACCCGAUCUCUCGCCGUCGGAGCUCAAAAUAGGUGCGCGAUCACGCAUCAACCGCUCUAGCUCUACAAUCUGCGAUCCUUGGUGGCUAUGUCAAUCCUCUGCUAAACGUGGCGCGUCAUGCGUGGCGGUGUUUCUGCCUGGUACUACGAUCAUUAUAGAGCCUUACAGCCAUAAUCUACCUUAUAUUGUCAGGAAGGUCUGCCAUCGCAAUCUUUGCCCAAGAUUCCGUCGUUCAACGUGUUCGGCCUACCCAUACUCGGCGCCUGUACUUAUAACCCCACUCUUAUCUUCCCGCGACCGCCAUCCGGGCUCAUCCAAGUCCCGGCCCUUCCACCUUUCUCCAUACCAACAGUCGACAUGCCUUCUGAUCCAGAUGCCAUACCUGAGACUCCUCGAGUCACCUCUCCUUCUCCCGUGCCAUCGGAGGGGAGGUCAAGCUUAGGAGAUUACUCGGGACCUAUAACACGCUCCGCGGCGCGACGUCAACGGCUGGGGGAGGUGACGGAGGAAGCAGAUGGCAAUUCGAAAUCGGAAUCGAAGCGCUCACGGGCGCGAUCUCGCAGCCCAAGUACUCCGGCUGAAUCCGCAAGGCGCCGUAACAGAAAAUCAAACCCGAAGCUACCGGCUGGCAAGCCCAAGGCACCGACGAACGGCCAUGCAGCAUCCAACGGAUACCUAUCACCACUCGCGAAGCCCGGCGGCGGCUGGCCCGACAUCUCUCGAUCCCCCUCUCCUCUCGGUCUCAUACCUCUUCACAGCCGUUAUCGCACCUUCAUUCAUCGUCAUGAGAUCCCGCGCAAACUCCUCCAUGUGUCGAUCGGCUUCCUAACCCUCAACCUGUAUAGUCGCGGCAUCCAACCCCUCCAGAUCACGCCAUGGCUCUUCGGAGCUCUCGUACCAAUUGCCGCCAUAGAUGUCAUUCGUCAUCGACCAGAAUUCCAGAAAGUCAACGAGCUGUAUAUCCGCUGUGUUGGUGCUCUCAUGCGUGAAACGGAGGUUUCUGGUUACAACGGCGUUAUCUGGUAUCUGGUGGGCACAUAUACAGUGCUGCGCUUCCUUCCCAAGGACGUCGGGGUCAUGAGUGUGUUACUCCUCAGUUGGUGUGAUACGGCCGCUUCUACAUUUGGACGUCUCUACGGCCGUUACACAUUCCAGCUGCGGAAGGGCAAGAGCUUCGCCGGGACACUGGGAGCCUGGUUCGUUGGCGUUUUGACCGCCGCCGCAUUCUGGGGCUACUUCGUACCCUAUAUCGGAACCUUCUCCAAUGACCCCGAAGGAUCAUUCAUGUUCACCGGCCGUCUCAAUCUUCUUCCGGAUCCGGUCAGGAACCUGAUCGGCUGGACUUCAGACUCCUCCAGCUCUGUCAUCUCAGGCCCAUUGGCCCUCGGGGUCAUGAGCGUCGUCUCAGGCUUAGUGGCUGCUGGAAGUGAGUUCGUGGACAUCCUUGGCAUGGACGACAACCUCACUAUUCCGAUCUUGAGCGGUAUCGGUCUGUGGGGUUUCCUCAAAGUUUUCGGUUGAAGUAGCGGCGGUGCAUCCAUCCCCCUCGACAUGGUUACAUGUAUAUGUCCGACCCCUUUUGAUUAUUACC